CCGGCCCUCAACACCAAGAAACAUCGUGGAGAUAAAUUUUCCCCAUCUCCCGAACAUAGAUCGUACUUUUCGGUUUCAGUUUCUUUAUUUUAAAAAGCAUCAAAUCUAGACAAGAUGGGUGUUCAAAAUGCUUUGGUCGACCUUCCGGCCAUGAGGACCAACCCCAAGUUCAUCUUUUUCACUGAUUUCGAUGGAACAAUUACGCUACAGGAUAGCAAUGAUUACAUGACCGACAACAUUGGAUAUGGAGGAGAGCUCCGCCGCAAAGGCAAUGCCGACACAUUAAACGGCGUCAAGCAAUUCCGUGACUCAUUCCGCGAGAUGAUGGACUCAAUUACGACCCCAUACGACGAGUGCAUCAAGUUCCUCGUCGACAACAUCAAGCUUGACCCAUACUUCAAGGAAUUCUACGAGUGGUCGCUCGCCAACAACAUCCCCGUCGUUGUCCUCUCCGGCGGUAUGGAGCCCAUCAUCAAGGCCAUCCUGCAGAACCUCAUCGGCCCUGACGCCGACAAGAUGGAGAUCAUUGGAAACUUCGUCGGUCCCCGCCCUGGCAAAUCCAUCAACGAGCAAGGCGGCUGGGAAAUCGUCUUCAAGCACCCCGAGAGCGGCUUCGGCCAUGACAAGUCCGUCACUCUGCGACAGUACUCUUCGCUCCCCGCCGACGUCCGUCCUACCAUGUUCUAUGCCGGAGACGGUGUGUCCGAUCUUUCAGCUGCCCGGGAGACCGAUUUGCUCUUCGCAAAGAAGGGUCACGAUCUUAUCACCUACUGCGCCAGGGAGAACGUUCCCUUCACCGUUUUCGAGGACUGGUCCUCGAUCUUGCAGAAGUGCAAGGAGAUUACGGCUGGAAAGACGACGGUCCAGGAGGCGGCUCGCGAGGGUUUCGAGGCAUACAAGUCCGGUGCUGCGGGUGUCAAAGCUGCAUAGAUGCGUCAUUAUCACCACUACCGAUUAGACGAUAGAAGUGAAGGAAUAUCCGAGAUUCGAAGGCGGAUUUGCGACAUUGCAUACAGACCAAAGACUGCAUACGCAUAUAGAGUUUUAGAACCGUGUUUUAGAACCGGCUACGAAAUAAGAACGACAGAAGGAAAGCAUUUAUUAGAAUAGAGGGAAAUACCAAUCCAC